AUGAAACAUGUGCAUAUCGACUUCCAUUUUGUUUGUGAUCAUGUCACUACUGGUUCACUUCAUGUUGCACAUGUUUCCACUUAUAAUCAAAUUGAUGGUGUUUUGACCAAGCCUUUGUCUAGCUCCCACUUUCAGCUUCUACGUUCCAAGCUGCGUGUUCUUCCAAUACCCACUUGCUUGAGGGAGGCUGAAGUAAUUGACCCUGCAGUGAAGGGAACAUUGAAUGUUCUAAGAUCGUGUAUGAAAUUUCGAUCAGUGAAGAUAGUAGUUGUAACAUCUUCCAUGGUUUCACUUACAAUCAAUGGGAAACCUCUCACACCCGAUGUGGUAGUUGAUGAGACAUGGUUUUCAGAUCCUGCCGUUUGGGAGGAGUUGAAGAAUUGGUAUGCACUUUCAAAAACUUUAGCUGAGGAUGCUACUUGGAAGUUUGCAAAAGAAAACAAGAUUGACGCGGUCACCAUGCAUCCAGGGUUUACUACUGGUCCUUUCUUACAGUCAACUCUUAACGUGGCAGCAGAGAUUGUUCUGAAUCGUAUAAAUGGAUCACAAACCUUAGCUAACAUGAUUUAUAGGUUUGUUGACGUUAGAGAUGUAGUAUAUGCACAUAUUCAAGCAUUUGAAGUAGCUUCAGCAAGUGGAAGAUAUAUUUUAGUAGGAACUGUUAGAACAAUAUGGGAAAAUGAAAAACCUCCUUUGCCAAUCUAUCAUGUAUCCAAUGAGAAAGCAAAAGGUUUGGGUAUUUUCUUCAUUUCGUUGGAAGUGAGUCUCAGGGACACUGUUGAAUGCUUCAAGGAGAAGGGUUUUCUAAUCAUGUAA